AUGUUCGCCGUCGCGGCACCGCUCCCCGCCGUGCAGGCUCUUCUUCUCACCCUGCUCCUGUGCGCGUCCGCAUUCACCUCGGUGGUGGUGGACGCCUCACCGGCGUACCUGCUGGCGCAGCGCAGAGGCCAAAGGUUCGCCUAUGAGGCGAAAAGCGACCCCGUCAUCGACGUGGACGGCCUACUGCCGAAUGCGUCGUGUAGCUUUCUCUACGCCUUCACCGAGGACAUGAACAUCUUCAUCAAGAACCUCAUCAGCAGCUCCGUCAUGGCGAACUUCGGCACUGGUGCAGAGGAGCAUGGCUUUGACCACUGCAACUUGUUAUCCUUGCCGCAGAACGAUUGGAACACCACCUACACUCUCUCGGGAUGCUUCAAGACACUGCUGCACGCGGGCAUCGCUGGCGACUGCGUCGCCGACAACCCGCUCUGCUGCGUUCAGUACUGGCGCUAUCCGACGUCGCUGCCGGACCGCUUGCCGUCGGAUCAGAUCGACCCCCGACUCAUCUUCUGGGAUGGCACGAAGGCGGUCAACGGCUUCUACACCAACUUCUCCGACAAGUACCGUGCCCACUACUGGAACUGUUCAUCCUUCAGGCCGUGGCCGGAGUGCUCCUGCACUUACGGCGCCAACUCUACACUUGCGGUAGACGCCAAUGGCGAAUGGCGCUACACACGUCGCUACAUGCCCUUCUUGACCUAUGUCGAGCACCGUGUCGACAGCCCGACCGGCAAGGCAGCCGCCCAGCUCACACUGCUGGACACCACCUCCACCCCGGCGUGGGCGGCGGUGCAUCAGUUCGGCGACAUCCCGCUACCGGUCCCGAUCGUCGUGUUAGCGGGUCUCGUCGUCGUUCUCUUCAUUUCUCUCCUCCUCAUGUACCUGUGUGGGUACAAACCAGCCGUGAAGGAGGAAAAGGAGUUGUGCGCCAAAAUUGAAGACGUGCAGGCUCGAACGGCGAAAGCCGAGGAGAAGCUCGCAGCGAAGCGGCGUCGAAAUCAGCGCCGCUCCUCCUCACACAGCAUCAGCCCCGAAUCCGCCCAGCUCCACGUGCUUUCCCCUAAGCCGCAUCAGCAGCAGCACGCCUACGCCGCGGCGUCGCUCCAGAGUCAAGGCACUCAGUCGCAGCUGCAGACGCGUGGCAGCUUUAUGGCUGUGCGCAAUAGAACGGAUGCAGUGCAUCAGCGUACGUCAUCCCGAGCGGACAGCACCUGCAGUCGGAAAAGCAGCCCUGUCACCAGCGCGGUGUCGACGGUCAAUGAUCCACCGGCGAACUCGAUAUUGAAACGCGCGCCAAGUACAGGUUCCAUGAAAUCGGCAGCAUCACGGCAGUCUCCGCAGAGCUUCCAGAACCCGCUCAUUGGGCGACAGACCUUUGGCGUCUAG